AUGCAGAAAAGCCUAGGGCAAGAUAUAACAAAUGAACUGGAACAAUUUGUGAAAUAUAUGGAAGAAGAUAUUGUGGAGCUCUAUGCAUCUAGUUGUUUGGACCAGGGUUACAAAAGUUCACGAACACGCCACAUAAUUAUGGCGAAAAAAGUCGGAGAUAGACUUAUGUGCACACUCAUGACAGGAGCAUUAUUUUUCAUGAACAGGUGGAGUGCGACGUCCGGCGGCUGGGAGCAUCACAACAGCAACAACAAAGAGUUGGAGAAAUAUAUACGGUGCGCAAUAGUAAAUAUAUUCAUGUACAUAUUGCUGGCAUCUAAAUGCACAAGUCAAAUUGGCAUAAAUCAUGCAUGGUACAGUGUGCAACAGAUGGAGAAGGAUAUGCCUGGAUUAAUUAAAGAGGGCAAGUGCCGCCAGGGCGUGUUUACAGAUAUACAAAUCAAUGACUUCCGCAUGGAGACAAUGAUUCAGAACUGGUUAAAGAACAAACAGAGCUUGACUGACAAAUUUGCAAGUCCCGCAAUACAAAGCACAUGUAGGAAACCAUUAGGGGCACGCGUAGGCGGCACAAUCGAUGCACAUACCAUGGAUGACCACACAGCCCUGAGCCCAGAGGAGAAGGACGCUAUAAAGACACUAAGCCAAGAACUGAAGACCAUAGUUCAGGAGGUAAAGACGGGGGUAAUGCAAUGCGCGGAGGACAAUGAAGCAUGCAUGAAGUCUAUCCAAGACGUCUCAGGUAGCAAUCCUGAUGAUGAAGACAGUGAGGCCAGAGUACCGAAUCCUGUCAAAGACGGUACACCAGCACAAACCGUAGCGGGAGCCCAGAUGUGCGGCGGCGACGGAUGCAGCGCUAGCGCCAGCGGCGACAACCAUGAGUGGACAGUGCACUGUACGAAGUUAUGGAACACAUAG